GGGGCAGCCCCUCAGAUAACAUGGGCCUUUAUAAGUCCGGUUGGAAGACAACUCACUCUCCAGACCUCUGAUCCCCAGAAAAAAAUGAAAAUGUAUCUACAAGUUGUGAUCCUUGCCUUGUCAUGCUUGACAACUUCAGCAUACCCCAUUCAACAUAACACCAGAGAGGCAACCUGGACUGAUCCAAGAGCCAAUCAGGCUCAUUACAAGACUGAACUCAUUAAGAGUGAAGAAAUCAUCUACAAGAGCCACAUAGACAGCAGCAGCCUCUACAGCCAAGAUGAUGAGAGCAAAAGCCCUGUUGCAGAAGAGAUGCAACAAAAACUCAAUGUGGAGUCUGAACGUCUGCGCACCCGUCUGCGCCAAGAGCUGGCCGAGCUGCACAAGAGACUGUCUCCAUCUUCGGCUCAUCUCAGCUCCACUCUGGCCAGCAUGAGGGAGCGCCUGGCCCCUCUCACUCAGCAACUCCAGAGCUCCCUGAGCAGCAACACUCAAGAUCUGUGUGGCCAGCUGAGCCUCUACCUGCAGGGCCUGGAGACAGCUGAGGCAGCCGGUGAAAGUGAGGCCAGUCAGGCUUUCUACCAGGAAGCCUUCAGCUGGAUGAGCCAAACACUGGAGCACAGCAGCUCCAAGCUGACUGACAUCAUUACCGACUUCCAGACUAAUGCUGUCAGGAUGCUGGAACAUCUGAAGGAGGAGAAGUCUGAUCUUGGGCUGGAAAUGAGCUCCAGGUUGGGACAAGAAGUGAGUUCACUGAGGGCGGAGGCACAGAGCAGAGUUGGGACUCUGAAAACCGAGCUUGCUGCUCUGCUAGAAACUGCAAUUCCUCACAAGAGUGAAGUUGCAGCCAGUCUGGAGCUUUUCUGCCAGAAUGCAGCCCUGCAGGGCCAAGUCUUUCAGGCCCGAAUGGAGAAGCUAUUUCUGGGUCUGGAGGAGCUGGACUUCCACAGAGCCGCCAGUUUGUCUCCCUCUUCUUCUUCCUCCAUACAGCAAGGCAGCUUUUUGCAGGAAGAUUUCUCAGUUAAACUCUCUGCUCUGAUCCAAGACAUUCUGCACUCAGUGUAGUCACAAAAAAAACUACAAAUCAACUACCCUUUUCAUUGAAGUGAUUCAUUCAUUGGUAUUCUUAUUCAUGAGUUUGGUUUGUUGUUUGACAUUGUACAUUCAAAAUAAGUAGCCUGUAAAUAUUUCUGAAUGUUUGGUUUUAAGUAGAUGUAUAUGUUUCAUUCUGAAAAUGUAAUGUAUUGCUGUCAGUAUAUAUGAACUGUAGUGUGUAUAAAGGUGAUGCUUAAAAGUAAAAGUAAAAGUUGUUGAUACAGAUAGUGUACCAGUGUCUUUUUUGUUUGUGUAAAAACACAAUCAAAAUCGGAUUUCAAAGUAAAUUUUUAUUCCGUAAAAAACAUAGCAAAAAAUCUGAUUUUCAUUACAAAGAUUUGAAUGAGAACAAAAAUAUUUUAUCAAUGCAAUUAAGAGUCUGUACAUGAUACCAAAAUACAAGUAGGCAUACAAAUGGCAAAUUAAAUGUAUGUUUAUAAUAAUCGAUAUAUAUGGGUAUACAGUAUACAUAUUUUUAAAGCGCCUGUGAGGAACUUUCAGAUUGCGUAGAUUUUGGCGCUCUCUGUGGACAAAGCAGUCUUUGCUGAUUCUUAUAAGAGUAAAUUGGGGUUAAAUCUCAUCCUGCUGUCUUACAGCAGAAAAUGAUAUUACAUGUUGAGAAUCUUUUUUGUGGAAAAUGUACAAAAGGUUUAU